AUGGAUGCUCGGGCAUUACGACGGCUAAACGGUGAUGUUUUGGGGAUUUAUGGCUGCGGUAGUAAUAAACUGCGGUGGUUGACGACAAUAGGUGGUUAUGGUGAGAUAUGUGUGUUUGAAUUGCUAGUUUUGCUAUUGGCAGCUACAGAUGGAGAGGCUGGUUUUUGCAUAGCUAACGAGAGACGUGCUCUCCUUAGUUUCAAAGCUAUGAUCCUUUGGGACCCUUUGGAUUUUGUAUCGACAUGGGGAACUAAAAUGGAAGAUGUUGAUGACGAAAAUGAUUGCUGUAACUGGAAAGGAGUGACGUGCAGCAACGAAGAAGGUGAUGACUGUAACACGUUUGGAGUGACGUGCAUCAACGAAAAUUCUCAUGUGACGAGGCUUGACUUAGGUAUGUGUGGUCUUAAAGGUGAGAUUAGCCCUUCAUUGCUAAACUUAACCCACUUGACUGAUCUUAGCCUUAGGGGAAAUUCCUUUAAUGGAACCAUUCCAAGGUGGAUUGGUUACUUGACCGAGUUAAGUCACCUUGAACUAGCUGAUAAUUCUUUUAGUGGACCUAUUCCUCAAGAAUUAGGAAACCUCUCUAAUUUGAAAACUCUAUGGCUAGACGAUAUUGGAAAGAAUUGUACAGUUGAAAACAUAAACUGGUUGUCUCGUCUGUCUCAUUUGGAGAGUCUUAAUAUGAACGGAAUUUCUCUAGCCAGAGCAAAUCAUUGGGUAAACGCAAUUCUUAGUCUCCAAAACUUAACAGAUUUAUAUUUGGAGAGGUGUAACCUCUCACAGGUCAUGCUUCCGUACUCUUCAACUUUGUCUGUCAAUUCUUCAUCUAAUACGAGUAAUAUUUAUUCCAUUUAUCUCCGUGACAAUAAUCUCAACUCCUCCAUGUAUACGUGGUUAUUCCCAUUAACUGGCAGUAGACUUUCCAUACUUGCUCUAUCGGGAAACAAGUUAGAUGGAAUACCAAAAUAUUUUGGAAAACUCUGUGGUUUGGAGUAUUUAGAUUUCACCAACAACUCCGCACUUGUCACAUUUUCUGAUUUUCUGAAAAGCUUGUCAGCAGGAUGCACAUCAGACAUGUUAACCAUGUUGGAGGCUUCAAGUAGCCAAUUUACAGGGUCAAUCCCCAAUGACAUCCAAAAAUUUUCAACCCUACAAACAUUGGUCCUAGAUCAUAAUCAGUUAAAUGGAACUAUAAGUGAGAAAAUGUGGGAUCUGCCCGAGCUUUCUAGACUAGACGUCUCUUUCAAUUCUCUUAAAGGUGCCGUCUUUGAAAAGACUGGAAUAUCACAGCCUAAAUAUCUAGACCUUUCAAACAACUUAUUCCAAUUCCAAGGUGUUCCUUCUGAAGCAAACAUGUCAAUCCUAUCUUAUGUAGAGCAUUUGGAUCUUAGCUCUUGCAGGCUAGGACCCCACUUCCCCAUAUGGAUUCCAACAUCUAAAAUUCUUACUUCAAUUCACUAUCUUAAUAUCGCCAAUAGUGGAAUUUCAGGCACAAUUCCUUUGGAGUUUCUGAACAUGUUGAAUUAUUCGCAGUAUCUAAAUCUGUCUUCCAACAACAUUAGCGGGGAAGUACCAGAUUUAUUUUCAAGUACUUAUAUUUCAGCAUUAGAUUUGAGCUCCAACAACUUCUAUGGUCCAAUAAUGAAUGUUUCUUCCCGUAUACAUAUAUUGGAUCUAUCCAAAAACAAGUUCUACGGAGGGAUCUACUUUCUGUGCCAACUUGUUGGUACUUAUGGGGUAACAACUCAUAUUGAUCUCUCAUAUAACUCAUUUUCCGGACAAAUUCCAGACUGUUUGUUGCAAUUGAAAGAACUAAGAGUUUUAAAUUUAGCACACAACGAUCUAUCUGGAAGGAUUCCAACAUCUGUUGAAUAUUGGAUUCAACUUGAAGUGUUGUAUUUAUACAGCAACCAGUUCUCUGGAGAAUUGCCUUUGUCACUAAGCAAUUGCAGUAUGCUAACCUUUUUGGACUUAGGGGGCAACAGGUUUUCUGGUAGCUUGCCGGUUUGGAUUGGUGACAACUUAUCAAGAUUGUAUGUUCUUAGCCUUGGUUCCAAUAAUUUUAUAGGAACUAUUCCUUUGCAAUUUUGUCAGCUUGUAAAUCUCCAAGUUCUUGACUUGUCAAUGAACAAUCUCAAUGGGACCAUCCCGGCAUGUAUCAGUAAUCUUACUUCCAUGCUUCAUGAAGAAUUCUUAUCGACAGCAAACGUACACAGAUAUGGUGUUCCCACAUAUGGUCGAAGCAUGAAAGACUAUGAUUAUGUUGACCAAGCAAUGAUCCAAUGGCAAGGGAUCAGGCGUGAAUUCACUAACAAUCUCAGAUUGUUGAAAAGCAUUGAUCUAUCAAGCAACAAUCUAACAGGAAAAAUCCCUAAUGAACUAACCGAUCUCCGUGGAUUGCUUGCACUUAACUUGUCAAAGAACGCUUUACUUGGGGAGAUUCCACAGGCAAUUGGUCACAUGAAACAACUUAUAAUUUUGGAUUUAUCAAGAAACAAUUGUUCAGGAGCGAUACCAUCAAGCAUGUCUCAGAUGACUUCAUUAUCUGAUCUAGACGUUUCAUACAACAACUUGUCUGGGAGAAUUCCAUCAAGCACUCAGCUACGGUCCUUUAAUUCUUCAAGGUACAUUGGAAAUGCAGGACUGUGUGGACUUCCCCUUUCCAACUAUUGUCCUGGAGACAAAACAUUACCAGUACCAUCACCCGUUGCUGAAAGAGAGGGUGGUGAUCAAGGUGACAUAGAUGAACUUGAGAGAUGGUUUUAUAUUGGUGGAGCCGUUGGUUUUGCUACCGGAUUUUGGAUAGUGUGUAUCACUUUCCUUGUCAUCAGCCGUGGAAGAUGUAAGUUCUUUCACUUUAUGGAUACCUUGGAAAACCGGGUUGAUGUGAAGGUGUUGGAAGCAAUAUUUCAAAAGAAGGCACAGGAAUAG